UUGUGGCAAAGCUUGAAUAUUGAUGUUCACAGAUGCUCUUCGUCUGUUCUGACCGAACAGACGGACUGUGAAGACGAACUGGCUUACAUCUCAGUCAGUUUCAUAGAUUUAUUCCUUUAUUCUCCUAAGGAUUGACUGAAGGUUGAAUACAAAUGCAUGCCAUGAUUUUUCUCUAAAAAAAAAAAACGUAUUAUUUUCCUUUUACUUCACAGCUAUGUGCUACUUUAUAUUGGUCUAUGAAAACAAAAUAAAAUGAAAUUAGGCAUCUAUCAAAAGGUUCUUCUAAAGAGGUUUCAAAGGAGUGUGAUCAUGACAAGUCCACACAAUGGGGUAGGAACAAUUUUGCAAGACACAGUGGUAUUUUGUCAACAUUUUGUUUGCGUUCAGGAUUUCGUUCCUCAAUACCAGCCACGGGUUGUUGUCAAACGGAAGUGACAUAUUUCCUAAAAAAUCCUCAUGUGGUUCAUCACUCAAAUCCCUGAAAGACGUAACACGGCGAUGUGUAGCAAUGAACUCAUCCACUCAUUCUGCAUGUCAGUAGCUGGGCUCACCGCUUCUUGUUACGCAGAUUCGCUCAUCUUUGCGUACUUGUAAAGUUUGUGAUUGUGAAACGCGUUUCCUGUGACCUGACAAGCAUCCUGUAUGGAAUACCACGGAAAUCUGUUGCUGCAAAACAGAAAUGUUGACUAAUAUCCAGAGAAAAUAAGAUGUCAUUGUUUCUGUAAAAAAAAAAAAAAAAGCAAAGAAAAAAAUGUCACAUUCGUCACCUCAGAACUGCACUUAGUUUUCAUUUUAUUUUAUUUUUUAAGUAUUAAUCAACUAAAAUAAAAUGAAGGUUUCAUCUGACAGCUUAGAUCCUCGAGAGAAAAUAUGAAAUAAAGACUUUUGGUAGAACUUUCUUUAAUUUAUGCUAAAGUAAAUUAAAGUUCAGAACUGUGUCACAGGGUGAGCUGACCAAAGAACAGAGAACAUUUCUAGUGAAUCGACGCCUAAUCACUAAAUCAAGAUGGUUUAUUUUUGUGAAGUGACAUAAACCCACUGAUGUUUUCCCACACAUGCAACCAAUUUGUCUUAAAUACUUUCAAACCAUACCUCCAUAUAUGUCUUUGCAUUAGGUCAAUGCCCCGACAUGUCUGUACACAGAUCAGACAUGCAUGAGAACUGACCUAAUCUCAUGACAACACAUUGUUGUUAUUUUUAAGUUCAGGUCAAUGCUAUUCACAAGAAACGUGUCACAAUUAUGACAAAUGAUAAAAAUGAAUAAUAGCAAUAAGAAGAACUCAAUAUUUUAGUCAGGAAGAAAUCGCCCAGGAUGACGUGCCAUUCAUGAGGUUCGGUGCACGUCAUUUCCUGUGGGUUCUUCUAAAGAAGUUUCAAAGGAGUGUGAUCAUGACAAGUCCACACAAUUUGACUGUGAGACACAGAGGAGAAUGAAUGGUCAUGUAAAGAAUAUGCAUUUUCAACAGCUUGUGGAAAGAGCAGCAACAUUACUCUGCUUCCUGCUGCUUGUGGUUGUUGAUUCAACUAAAACCGUGGCAGCCGCCAGAAACCAGGAGUGCAGCAAUGACCUGCAUCGGACUUUGAAGCUCACCAGGCUUGUCCAUAAGGAUACCAGUGAUCUGAUAAAACAAUAUAAAUCGUCCCAGGGGGAAGUGGCAGAGCUCCUCUGCAAGGCUUCGGUGAGCGGCAUCCCUGACCCGAACAUCUCUGGGCUGGAGCCUUCGGAGAAAAUAGCAAGCAUGUAUGCACAGCUCCAAGCCUUCUCCCCUCAUCUGACGAGGGUGUACGAGCAGCAAACAGACAUGCAGCCCCCAAAGAGUCCGCUUCUGAAUCUACUUAACAUGGUGAUAAAUCAGACCGGGAUGCUGACUCGCCGCAUAAACAACUUUUAUCACAAAGUCUUCCCGAACCUGCCUCUACCGGAGCCGGCGGGGGGAUCCACAACACUACCGCCGCCUCAGAACGUCUUCCAGCAGAAGGUCUACGGCUGCGUGGUCCUGACGACCUACAAGAAGCUCCUGACAAACAUGUCCAAAAACAUGAGGACUCUAAGAAGCAAAGUCUGCAGAAAGGCACCAGCAAGUGAAUUCAACUUAUUUUGAUGACCUGGGGCUGACCUCCGGCGGUCGGUUUCCAGCAGCACUUUACUUACUGGGAUGACAACAGACUUAAUGAAAACAUGAGUUUGAAGAUGGCAGGUACAUCAGAGUAAUGGAGGAUAUUUAUGGUAUUUAAUAUUUAUUUUCUGAAAGCGUUCCUGGAAAGAGUGAAGUGUGAAAAUGAUUAGCGGGCUUAUUGUUGCAUGUUUUGUAAUUUAAAUGUUUUUUUGGUUUUUUUUUGCUGUACACAGAACAUUAAUCUGUUGCUCACGCCCUGAUUGCAUCAGUACGGAGAAUUAAAAGAUGCAACACAAGCUGA